CCCAGCCACGAUGGAGAGAGGAGGAGGCUCAGGCUGUGGGAAUAAGGUUCCCUUCCACAUGAAUCCCUGAGGAUCCUGCUGGCAGCCCCAGCAGCGUGCUGCAGCGGUGCCCUCCUGCUCCCCGUGGCAGCAGCCGAGGCCCCUCCAAACCUGCUUCUGCAAUGGGUGGGUUGUAAGCACUGGUAAUGAGGAGCUGUGGGUCCAGUCAGUCUUGGAGAUGCCGAAGAGACGAGACAUCCUGGCUAUCGUGCUGAUAGUUCUGCCCUGGACGCUACUAAUCACCGUCUGGCACCAGAGCACCAUUGCUCCACUGCUUGCAGUGCACAAGGAUGAUGGUGGUGACUCCCAGCGUGAUCUCGCUGCAGGCUUGGACUCCAAGGAAUACUGCCUGUCGGAGCGGGACAUAGUGGAGGUGGUGAGGACAGAGUACGUUUAUACCCGCCCGCCCCCAUGGUCAGACACCCUUCCCACCAUCCACGUCAUCACCCCCACCUACAGCCGGCCAGUGCAGAAGGCAGAGCUGACCCGCCUGGCCAACACCCUCCUGCACGUCCCCAACCUGCACUGGAUCCUGGUGGAGGAUUCCCAGCGCCGCACGCCCCUCAUCACCCGCCUGCUGCGGGACACGGGGCUCAACUACACCCACCUCAACGUGGAGACCCCGCGCAACUACAAGCUGCGGGGGGACAUGCGGGACCCCCGCAUCCCCCGCGGGACCAUGCAGAGGAACCUUGCCCUCAGGUGGCUGAGGGAGACCUUCCACAAGAACAGCAGCCAGCCUGGCAUUGUCUACUUCGCCGACGACGACAACACCUACAGCCUGGAGCUCUUUGAGGAGAUGCGCAGCACCAGGAAGGUGUCG